GGUGUCUGUUACGAAUAAGGUUUUAAAGUAAGCCCUAAAUUUUUACUUUCCCCUUUCUCACUCCCUCUGUAAAAAAAUUUCCUCUUUCUCUCUCCAAUAUUAAAGCAGCUCCCGCGCGCAAGGUCGUCGUCCUCACCUCCCUCAACUCCAUUGAAGGAGCUCCAAGCUCAGUUCAAUCUUUUGCUCCUCUCAUUCUCACUCUUCUCCUCCAUUGAAGUGCACUCCGAGUUCUCCAUUAUUGAAGCGCACUCCGAGUUCUCCAUUAUUGAAGCGCACUCCGAGUUCUCCAUUGAAGCGCUGUUUGAGUUCUCCAUUGAAGCGCUGUCUGAGUUCUCCAUUGUAGCGCUCAUAGUUCUCCAUUAAAUCUUGCCCUGCGCAUGAUAAGCUUUGGAUGUGAUUACCACUGGGCACAAAAAGAUUCUCGCUUUGAUCAAGAGGAGCAGCUCGGUCCUUAGCUCCCUCAACUCUAUUAAAGCAACUCCGUCCUCAUUUCAAGAUGGUGAUUUGAUGCGGCUUAAAUCUGACAAUUUGGUGUAGGCAUACUACAAUGGAAGAAAACAGAGAUGAUCAUGAUGGACAGGAACAAAUCUGGUGACAUGGAUGCCUCCACUUCCCAAGUAAAAUCUUCUACAAAAAAGGGACGAGGCCCGUCCAAAUCAGUCCAAACAAUUACACCCGUGUUCCUCGAAUUUGAUGAGUUUGACAUGUCUAUUGGAAAGUGGGAAUCUGCUUAUGGGAAGCAAAUUGGUAAUUGUGCUCAAAGAGUUAACAUUAAUGUGAAGGGAUAUCCGAAGUAUGAUAAAGUUCAAAAGCAAAACUUGUGGGAGGAGAGUAAGCGGAAGUUCCACAUUGAUGAUCCCAAGGGUAGUAAAGAGAAGAAGUUCCACGAAGCUGUUGGUGCUAGAUUUAGGAAGCACAAGUCUUGGUUAGUUUCACGAUUCAUUACUAAGAGAACUGCACCUCCGCCUGACUCACCAAGUGCAAACAUUAAGCCCUGGGAGCUUUAUGAAGGUUACAUCACAGAAGAGCAAUGGAAAGAGUUUGAGACAUAUUGCAAUACAGAUGAAUUUAAGGCUCUGAGUGAAAAAGGCAAGGAAAAUGCAAAGAAUAAUAAGCAUCGCCACCAUCUAGGCUCCAAGAGUUAUGAGAGGGCUCGAGUUGAUUGGAGUAAGACCAAUAGAAUUCCAGCAGAAUCUUCAACCUCAAGCACCACAGAGUCCACAACAAGCUGUGUAAUGAGUGAAAAGCUUAGAAAUCGGUCUCUUUAUUGGAUUUUGGCCCGUCAAACUCGUAAUGCAGAUGGAUCGUGGGCUAUAGACCCGAAGAAUACCGAAACCCAGCAAAUAGCCAAUGCUAUUUUGGAAAACUUGCAAAAGAAUGAUGAAGGAAACAAUUCAAGUGAUGUUAUUGGUAUGGAUGCCCUCGACAAGGCUUUAGGAAAAAGGGAUCACUGCGGGCAUGUAAAAGCACUAGGAAGGUGUGGGGUUGGAGUUAGUCACACACAAGUAUUUGGGAAGGGAUACAAAAAGGGUAAAUCAUCCGGCCAAGGUGGAUGCUCAUUAGAAGAGUUAGAAUCAAUGAAAGCUACCUUAACUCAAGAAUUUGAGGCGAGGCUAGAAGAAAAGGUUGAAGAGAAGCUUCAAGAGAGGAUUGAAGAGAGGUUGGAACAACGGGUGGCAAUGGAGGUGAAAGCUUAUCUCGCCAAUUUACUACCACAGAUGACCGGUGACGUGGAGGCAUUUCAAGGAAUGCAAGUGAUUACGAACAUGGAGGCAACACAAAGCCCUCGUGUAAUAGAGGUAGCCACUAAAUGUCGCCUAGCAUUGAAAGAUGAGUACAAUCAAUAUUUAGUGGUUGUGGCAGAUGGAACGGUAUAUCCUGUUACCGGUGAAGUUACGCACAACCUGAAGAUGUUACCUGAUCAUUACAGGGUUAGUGUGGACAACCUUUAUCCCGACUGUGCCCUCCUCGAUAUACCGGUACCGUCUCCCGAUGGUGUGACUAAGUUGGGAAAAGCCAAGUCUUCCUUUGUACUAUGGCCCAUAGACAUGGUUUUUUUUUGAAGAAGAGGUUUCAACAUCGCCCAAAAAGAAGCAUAGAUCUCGCCAAAGCAAAGAAGGGGACGAUAGUUGUGGUGUGAAAUCAAGGCAAUCUACCAUCAAACCCACAAAAUUCCUACCACUUGAAGAUGAAAUUGUCGAUACUUUUGUCGAGGGGUGUGAGUUGUUGUAUUGGUUAAUGAAUUCUGAUGAUGCAAAGUAUGAUACAACAUCGGUACUUUUAAAGGCCUCAAUGUUUAAUUUUGAUAGCGACAAACAUAUUUGGGUAACUGCUACCGAUGUACGUGAAUUUCUAAGAGGAUCGUGGGCUAAUGUUUCAUUGAUUCAUGUUUAUAUCAUGUAUUUAGUAGACAACUUCAUCGACCUUUUCAACAGGACUGAGAUCACAUUCUUUUGUCCUCAACUCAUUUCUGAAUCUUCAAUUGAGAAUGAUUACCUUGAAACUUAUACAUAUGUGAAGAAUACAUUUUUGCAUGAAGUAAGAAAGACGGGUAAACGUUGCAAAUUCAUCGUGGCUCCAUAUGUCGCAAGUGGUCAUUGGGUUCUUGUGGUGGUUGAUCUACAAUUAGGUUUAGCUUAUGAGUUUGACUCUAUGAAGCUAGCUAAAGAAAAUCCCUGAAAAUUGAAAAUUGCUGAGAUUAUGAUGACGGCUUAUAAAGUAUAUCGGGCGAAUCUCACAGGGAGUGAAUUGAAAUCACAAAGGCAAAAAUUGAAAUUCAUACAAAUGGAGUGUGCUCAAAAACAAGGAGGCUUUGAAUGUGGCUACUACAUUAUGAGAUACAUGUAUGAGAUUGUUACUUCUCACUUGGAGUGCAAAGGUGUCUUAGAAGAGGAUUUUUGUCCAAGGACCACCCCGUAUGAUGUUGACGAGUUGAAUGUGGUUCGAGAACAAUGGGCGCAAUACUUUAGAAGUAAAUAUUUAUUGAAUGCUUAACUAUUAGCUUAGGUAGAACAACGUAAUAUUUUUAGUGUUGUUGUAUAUGUUGGAUAAAUUUAUACAAGUUUUUAUUUGUAAUGUGUUACUACUUCAGUUUUUAUAUUACGUCGUAUUAAUUUUUA